AUGACCCGUCAAAUCACGUACGCCGAGCUCUGCCAACACAAGUCGGAGGAAGAUCUCUGGCUUGCCAUCAACGGAAAAGUGUACGAUGUGACGAAGUUUCUGUCGGAACACCCCGGUGGUGACGAAGUCCUUCUCACUGAGGCUGGCAACGAUGCGACAGAGCCUUUUGAGGAUGUCGGUCAUUCCGAAGACGCUCGCUCCCAGCUUGACAAGCUUUUCAUCGGGACGCUAGCUGACCCCGAAAACCUCCCUAAGCGUGCUGGUAAGGCCUCGGAUAUGGCCUCGGAGGGCUCCAGCUCUGCGCUUUACAUUGCCUUGAUUGCCGGCCUGGUCGCCGUGGCUGGCUACUUCCUGCUUAACAAGUCCAAGUAA